AUGUUCUCCAAGCUCGUCGCCUUCUUCGCCCUCGCUACCCUUGCUGCCGCCGCCCCCAACACGCCGCCGGUUACUCCCCCGAGCUCGCCCCAGUGCUGCUCCAGCGUCCAGUCCUCCAGCAGCAGCGCAGUCUCGGCCGUCGCAGCGCUCCUCGGCCUUGACCUCAGCGGCCUCAACGUGCCCAUCGGCCUCGGCUGCUCUCCCAUCACCGUCAUCGGAAACAACUGCGGUGGCACCACCGUCACUUGCGAUGCACCCCAGAAAGAGUGGGGUGGUCUCAUCGCGAUCAACUGCAUCCCGAUCACGCUCUGA